CUUCAACAUGCUCGACAGAAUUGUUGUGGAUUUUGGGCAUGACCGAUAACUUUGGCUGUCGGUUACGUUUGUUCAUUAUUCCCCACUUCUCCUCGCUUUUCCUAUUUUCUUCUGUUUUUCCUUUCUUCUCCGGCGAGGUUAGCUUUAGCCGUUCGUGCUGCACUGAGUAGCUGACCGGCGCUCGUCCUGCUCUCUAAGUCCCCACGCCAGUGACGAUCUGUGCCCCAAAACCAAACUCCACCGACUCCACAUCACAACAUCGGCCAGAGGAGCUAACCGCCGCCGCCUUGCCUGGAAAUCGGCAUACCGUCCACGAGGCUAACAUGGAAACAGCUACUCUGCCUCCGAACAUGAUUGUACCAGAAGUUCUUGGAGAAUAUAAUUAUGAAAGGUGGAGCAUUUUAAUAGAACACUACUUAGCGGCUCAAGAUGUUUGGGAUGUUAUUGAACAAAUCCCGACAACUGAAGAAAUGAAUGAGAGGGGGUGGAAUAAAAAGAAUGCUUUAGCUUUACAUGCCAUUAAGAUUUCAUGUGGUGCAAAGGCGUUUGAUCUAAUAAAGAACCAAAAGUCAGCCAGAGAUGCUUGGAAGGCAUUACACGAUAUGCAGAAUGUCUCAGUCUAUCAUUACUUCCCCAGGCGCCACGAAUUUGUCCCUCGGGACAUGGCCACGCCCAGCGAAAGAGGUUUUAUUCUAUCUCUCUCUCUUUUUUUUUUUUGCCAAAAUUCAUCUGUGUGUUCGAGUUCGCUAUUAUUUCAGCAUUUGUUAUUAUAGAGAGAGACUGCUGAACAGUUAACUUUUUUGAGGUCCUGGCUUAGAUCUAGCUAAUGUUUUGUGUUUAUUAAUUUUCGGAGCUUAGCUUGGUUUUUCUGAUUUUAAAUCUUGCAGCAGUCUUGGGCUUAAUUAUUUACGAUAUUCAUUCAAGUCAUGUGUGCCAGUGUGUGGUGUUGAGAUCGAUGUUUUGUUUGUAGCAUGCAGGAUUUGAUAGUAAGGAAGGCCAAAUGAAAAAGGUUUUCCUUC